AUGGCUGAAACCUCUGCUACUCAAAAUCUUCGUGAAGUAAAAUCCUGCGGAUUUUUCGUAAUGAAACCGGAUAAUAGUUUCCUAUUGAUGAAACACGAUGAUCGUUACGAUUUGCCAAAAGGACAUAUGGAAGCUGGGGAAAAUGAACAUCAAACAGCUCUACGAGAACUAAUGGAAGAAACAGGAAUUCAAGCAUCUGACAUUGAUAUUGAUCCUCAUUUUCGAUUCGAACACGUCUACUAUCCGGUAUACAAACGUUUUGGAGGUGAACAAGUGAAGAAAACAGUGGUGAUCUUUUUGGCCAAACUUAAAUCGACAGCAAUAGAAGUUCAUAUAAGUGAACAUCCUGGUUUUCAAUGGGUGAAUUGGAGUUCUCCACCAGUUCCGAUCGAAGCAAAAACGAUCGAUAAAUUGGUGAACAAAGUUCAUGAAUAUCUCACUCAAUCAAAGGACGAAUAA